AUGACAGCGAGCUGGAUCAAUUUACCAGGCUCGUGGAGCCUCCAGAAUGUUCAGACAGCUUUGAAUGUCAUCGUUACUGGCCUGAGCGUCCUUGCAGUCUUUGCCUGUGCCCGGUUUUGUUGGCAAUCCAGUGUGACGAGUGGCGCAAGGUAUGACAGCGUUCCAGCUUCUGCCUUGUUAAGUAUUAGCGCCUUUGGCGACGCUGUCGACGUGAUAUGGUUGUUAAAGGUCAAGAUUUUCAGUCGAAGACAUGUGAAAAUCUUGGUGCAAGCCUGCCUUGUCGUAUUCCUUUCCCUCGCUGCUUUGAUAUCUGGUCCCAUAGCUAGAUAUUCGACUCGUCUGAGCCAUCGCAUCAGCAACUAUGAAACUCCCGGGAAGAUUACCUGGCGGAAGCAUGAUUCAAUCCUGGGCGCUCCCGUUAUCUGGAACACAACCUCCUUCAGUCUAGAGAGUGCAAAUUUUCCAUACGACCAACUCCUUGACUACCUUCCAGAUCCCGCCAUCAACUGGCUUUAUGUGCCUGGAGAAUGGAAUUCUAGCUGGACUCUGGACUGUGACCACACUGAGCUCACCCAAAUCGAACUUGAGGAUGUGGGAAAUUGUACGUCCAUGUUCGACGAGAUCCCAGGUCUGACAGCGGUCAUUUCUCUAGACAAAUUCCACUUAAGCAACACAAGUUCAUGGUGGACAGCCUAUUACGAGGACGGAUUGCACAAGGACGCUCUCUUAAGCAUUGGUGCUGCAAAGGAGACGUCAAUCGACCAAGCAACCGGCAUCACGAAUGAGAUGGCUAUCGACUUAGCCGCAAUUCACUUGCACAAACUAAGCAUGCAAGAAGAUUCGGAUAGUCUGUGCAAUUUCGGCGAAGGACCAGUCGAGUCGGCCUCAUAUACCAAGAUAGAAUGCACUCUCCGGCGGAUUGACCUGAAUCCUGAUCAACACAACAUUGCAUUCCCAGACAGUGCCACUCCCUGGUUGGUCUCACGAGCUCUAGUCCAGAAUUAUCAAGCACAAUUUAUCCGCGAAUCGAUCAGAGGCAAUAUCACUGUUAUCACACCAAGGGACCUCACGAGGUUUUAUCAAGUGUGGGUCGCGACGAAGGACACGCAGAAUGGAUUUCCUGUCUCCCGUUCUCUGAGCGUCAGGCUGCCCAUUGUCCAGCUAUCAACGGUCUUCCUUGCAUUUUCGAUACUAAUAUUCAUGCUCAUUGUCCUCGGCCUGGGCACGUAUAUCUUCGCCGCAUUGCGGUACAGGAAAGCAUUUGAGGACACGCCUCAGAGCAAACUCGAAUGGAUGCUGAAGGCUCUCCAAGACCAAGACCCCACUCAAACCGCAGUUCGCACCCCCCCGGAUAAAAAAGUCGACGUCUUCCAGUCAUCCGCCACACCUUUGAGCCCGAAGUCACUGAAGCGAUCGUCGACCGCCGGGGUAUUGAGUAUAGCAUCGAGCGUCCAACAAAGCGGAGAGAAAAGACGCAGUGUCUUUGAAAAUGCAAGAUAUAGCAAUACUCAAACCCGGAACGAUGAUGACAUAAAUCUGCAAGAAGUAGGACACCGUUACGAGGCAUCACCUUAUUCCUCAGAUGGCCUUUCGUUUGGAUCUGGGCGUUUGCAACCCGAGUCUCUCUCCAUUCGAUCCCAGUCUGGAUCUGCCAUAAUGUCGGACGGUUAUGGACGCCAGGUAUAUGCAUCGGAGCCUGGUCCGCCGCUCGAGCAGGUAGACCACGGCUGGAACUUGCCUCCCCUCCCCUUCUCUGCUCUUGGUAGCAAUAUUCCUCGAAAGCCGGUCGGAUCGGCAUACACAAGCGUCUCGAUCACGGAGCUGCCUUCUCAGGCUAGGCGGCAACCUCAGCAGAAUCAUACAUCGGCCUCCUGGCUAGGGCCUCGACAUAGUGAUACGGAAGGCGAUCACGAGGUCGAGCGCCUGGUACUCAAAUGA